AUGGACAACUCAUCCGGACCAACGUCGUUCCCACCAACCCUCUCAUACAUAUCCUUCGUAAUAGGGAUAAUAUCCUUCAUAAUCACAGUUCUCAACCUUCUCGCCCUGUACGCCAACUUCCUAGGCACCAUCCGCAGCGCACCGGUCGAGAUCCGAGAUGCCUUGGGGAACCUCCGGGCACAACUGAUGGAGGAACGCGAGGCCCUCCGGCAACAGACACGCGAGCUGCGCAACAGGAAGGCCCAGAUGCGCAGCCAGCGCCCCCUGCACCCAGCCCACGCCGGACGGGCGCGCAGCUCGAGCCGCAACGGGCUCAGCCCGCGGGCAAGCAGCGGGAACCUCCGCGGGCAGGGCGGCUACACGUAUGCUCUUAGUUACUCGGAGCAGACGCUCGGCCUGCACUACCAGACCGUCCGGGACCUGUGGAGGCAGUUCAAGAGCCUGGAGCGGCCGUUCCUCGUGUCGAGCGGGCCGAGGGCCGAGGCGCUGCGGAACAACGACGCGUGGGUGGAGAGGGAGUUUGCCGACGAGAAGGCGCCGCGGGAGGACGUCGAGAUGCACGGGGAGUCCGGGGGAUUCGCGGACUGGUCGGCGGUGUACCGGUGCGACUUUUCCCACCGCUUCAUAUGGUGGCAGAGCAAGUCCGACGUGGUCAAGCUGGCGGACGAGGUGCAGCGGGUGAUGCUGCGCAGGAUGGAGCGGGAGGUCACGUGCAUGCGCAUGAUGCUGAAGCAGCUGCGUGACGGCGGGGAUGGACCAGAGGAGAUCGCGAGCCCGCGGCUGGAUGGCGGAGGAGGAGGAGGAGGAGGAGGCGGAGCGACUACAUCGGGCAGGGCUGGCAGCCGGGGCCCUGUCCCGCUCGGCAUGCGAAGGAGGCCCGCGGCGGAGAACUAUAAUGUCUACGAGUCAUCGGAGUCGAGCGACUCCACGACUGGGCCAAAGUCGCAGCGCCGGCCGGAUGAGAGGGAUCCGAGGGUUCACGUGUCGGAGGUGAGGCAGGGCCGCCCUCCAUCCCGAGCCGGGCCCGAGUUGCGUUACACUGGCGAUGGGUGGAGGCAGGGACAGUUCACCAGAGUUGUCCAGGUGUCUCCUCGGGAGUAUCCCCCGCCGAUACUCGAGCCGCCACGGCCUUCCAGGCCUCGGACACGUUCGGGAUACGAUGGGCCGCCUGGACCACCCUCUCCGUAUGACAGGAGACGGUAA